AGCAGCAACAGAAGCUGCAACAGCAGCAACAACAACAACAAUUGGAAGCCAUUCAUGGCAUGGGCAAGGGACACGUGGCUAAGCAUAGUGCUGGCUGUUUGCAGUUUCCACCGCCACCGGAUUACCCGCCACCGGCUGCGAGCAGUCCGCUGCACAAGUCCGCCGGCAGCUCACCCAUUGCCGUUGCGGCAAUUGUGAGCAGCAACACAACGGUUGCUGUCAACGCCGGCAGCGUUGCCGUCAAUGGCAAUGGACGGCGCCAGUUGUUGCCUCGCUAUCCGGAUCCCGAUCCGGAUGCCAUUGAAAUCUGUACGGAGCAGGAGUUGUCACCGCAUCAUCUCAAGCAGCUGGCGCGCCAGAGCAAAACGCUGGGACGCGACAACAACAGCGGACAUCAGCAUCAUGCGCAUGCUCAUCAUCAACACCAACAUCAACAUCAACAGCAGCAUGAUUACUCAUAUGCGUACUAUGAGCCGGGCGCCGCAAUGCGGCACUCCAAUGUACCCAAGCCGGAUGGCAGCACAAAUGUGGAGUCCAGUUGCUGUGCGGCUGCGUUGCAGCCACAAGUUGAUGUUGGACCACCGCCACCCAACUCGAUACGCGCCCUGCUCUCCAAGGGCAAGAAGAACAAGCAGCUGGUGUCGCCGGCGACGCUGCAAUCGUAUCAGACGCGCUACCACAAGCUGACCACAGCUGCAGCAGCAGCAGCAAGCGAGAAUUUCUACGAAGAGAUCAAUGCGGCCGCGUUGCAAUCGGGCAAGGUGGCACAGCAACAAUUGGGCUGCAGCAUUGGGUCGCAUUCAGCGGGCUCACUGAAUCAAACGCUCGUCGAGGAGGAACUGCGUCGAGUGCAGCAUCGUCAUCACAAGAUACUCGGCGAGCUGAAUCUCAGCGUGGAGGCGAUGCUUAUGCCCGAAAGUCCGCCCAAAUGCAGUCCACCAGCUGGAGCUGGUGCUGCUGGUGCUGCUGGUGCUGUUGCUGGCACUCCACCCAAGCCAAGUCCGACGGUUUGCGUGACGGCAACAAGCGGACAGCCAGCGAUUCUCGGCCGGCUCACAUCCACCUCGGCGGACAAUAUCUGUGAUACAAGCAGCAACGUUGGCGGCAUUGAGCAGCUGCUGGCAACGCUCAAGGGCCAGCAAACGACACAUAUCGCUGGCAACAACAGCAACACCAGCUGUGGGGGCACCGCCAGCGCACAACAAACCAGUGUCGCCACCACAGCCGGUGGCGAUUUGGAUAGCGGCUUCAGCGGCAGCAGCGGUGCCAGCUACAUUGGCAGCCUACGUCUGAGCAAGACGCAGCACAUCAAGUGCGCCCGACAGACGCCCACAGCAACGGCGGCAUAUGCCACACAAAGUUGCCGUUCGUUUCAACGCUCCACAGCGUAUGAUGAAACAAUUGCCACGGCCAGUGCCACAACCAGCUCGCUAAUGUGCGCCUCGAAUUCCACAUUUCUGACGCGCGCCUCCUGCGGCCGCCGCAUUCUCAGCUGUGCGCGGAUACGUGCUGCCGAGGAUCCGGGUCCCACUGUGCCCACGGAGUCGAAGGCGCGCAGCUUCUGGAAUCGCAAGGGAUGGCGCAAAUUACCCGGCUUCUCCACAUCCACAUCGAGCAUCAAUGACACGGGUCUCGCAGAUGAGCACAAAUUAAAUUCUGGCUCAUGGGAGGAUACCUUGGCGGAACCAGAACAACAACAACAACAACAACCACAACUCCAUUCACAUCAACAUCAAACGCAGCAGCAACCGCAUCUGAGUCAGACAUCGUCUUUCAUUGUAUCGCCCGGUCACAAGGCCAGCGUUACAACUGCACAGUUGCACAGCGCCUUUAGUCGCCGCAUCGCUGAGCAACACCAACAGCAGCAGCAGCAACAGCAGCAGCAACAACAACAGCAACCACAGCAGCGGAUAAAAGGCUGCCAGAUCAGCCAGCAGGCAGACAGCGCCACAAUUGCCGGCGGAAGCUUCAGCGCCAACGGUGGCCAGGCUGCCGUUGGUGUUGGUGUCGGAGUCGGCGUCGGUGUCGGCGUUGGUGCAAGCAGCGCGAGCAGCAGCAGCGAUCGCGACACAAAAUCACCGUCGCGCGGAGAGAGACGCGAGGCGCCGCAAGCCAGUCACUCCGACGAGGAGAUCUUUACCGAAGAGGAGCAGACCAGCAGCAGCGUGAGUUCGUUAAGUGCCGGCAAUCAGCGCAAUUCGCAAUUGCGUUCCACCUUCAACAAGGCCAAGCAGCAUUUGUCCUUUGACAAAUGGCGCACGGCUGCCAACAAUUCCACCUCCGCCUCCGCCGCCGCCACCGCCGCCACCAACAACACCAGUUCCCAACACAACACAAACACUCAGUGUAGUCCCAGCGACACAAAUAUGAUUAUGCGUCGGGCCAGCGCCUGUACGAUGCCCACCACCGGCACAUCGGGGGGGGCAUCGGGGCAGCGCGAGGAUAUUACAACGCCGGGUGAAUCGCCGGGCGGACGUUUGUCGCGCUGGUUCUCGAUACGACGCGGCUCCUCGCAUCAGUACGAUGUGGGUGGACGCGAUGGUCGUCAGUCGAUCAAUGCCAGUUUCGAUAUACCGGAUGCAUCUGCCGCCGGCAGCACAUCCAUGCCAAAGCCAACAAAUGCCGCUGGUUCAGCGAUAUCAGCGACGCUGGACGCCGCCUCGCCACAGAAGCUGGCCAAUUUGGGCGCCAGCAAAAUGAUGCCCGGUGUGCCCGAGUAUGAGGAUGAUGAGAGCUCGACGGCGGGCAGCCGACGCUACGAUAUGGACCUGAUGACACCGCCACCGGGCAGUCGGAACAAUUUCGUCGCAAAUAUGGGUCACAGUCGGGUAACGGCGCCAUUGCUGCCACCGGCGCCACAAGGCCUUUCGCAGCAGCAGAUCAAGAGGCGCCUCAUUUUGGCGGCCAUCGUUCAAAGUGAGAACUCGUAUGUGGCCACAUUACAACGUCUAGUCAAUGAUUACAAGAAACCGUUGGAGGAGUGCAGCCCACCAGUGCUAAAUCCAGUGAAGAUCGCCACGCUGUUCCAUUGCUUGCCGGAUAUUUUACACUCGCACAAGCUGUUCCGCAUCUCGUUGGCAGAGUGUGUGCGUAAUUGGGAUCGGGAUGAGAAGAUCGGCGAUUGUUUUGUGAGCGCCUUCGGGAAGCCGCAGCUCCUGGAGACAUACUCGGGCUUCAUCAACAAUUUCUCGACAGCCAUGGAGCUGGCCAAAAUGGAGGAGAAGCGCAAAUCAGCGCUUGCCGAUUUCUUUAAGGUCAAACAGAUCAGCGCACACGAUCGGCUAUCCUUCUUUGGUCUGAUGGUGAAGCCCGUGCAGCGUUUUCCCCAGUUCAUACUCUUUCUGCAGGAUCUGCUCAAGUACACGCCGCAGGGCCAUCACGAUCGCAUGUCCCUGCAGUUGGCCCUGUCGCAGCUGGAGCUGCUCGCCGAACUACUCAACGAGAGCAAACGCGAGGCGGAACAGUAUCAGGCCUUCAAGGAGAUGCUUGGCCACAUUAGUGGCACCUUCAAUACGCGCUCCCUAAACAGCAUCAGCGGCGACAAUUGCGGCAGUCGGGCCCGCUAUCUGCUGCGCGAGGAUAAUGUCACCCACAUGGAGUUCAACCAGGCCGGCUUUAUAGUCAAGUGCAAGCAGCGACGCCUGCUGCUCCUCAACGACAAGGUCAUCUGUGUGUCUGUGGCGCCCAAACAAUCGCACGACUUUGGCGCCACCGAGAAGCUAACAUUCAAGUGGAUGUUCCCCGUCAACGAUGUUGAGAUUGUCGACAACAGCGCAUCUGCCACAUUAUCCCGAAUCUUGACAGCAGGUCUAAAUCGUGGCGGCAGUCUCAAAUCGAAUGGCAGCACUGGGAAUAACAGCGGCGCCGGUGGCGGUGUUUGCUAUGCGAAUGCAACACUCUCUGGCCAUGGAAGCGUCGGACUGGGUUCACCGUUUGCCGCCGUGGAUGCCCAUAGCUCGCCAGCUGCACAGCUAACGAAUGGUGCCGAUAAUUUGUGCAACGAGAUGAGCACUCUGAUGUUCGAUUAUGAGGUAAUAUCGCGCAUCCACGAUCUGGUUGGCACACUGAAGGGCAGCUACAAGGAGCUCAACUCGAAUACGACACGCAAUGUGCUCAAUACCAUACAGGGCUCCAUACAGCGCAAGGAUGAGGAGAUGGCCUGGGUGGACUCGUGCUGUCUGCAGCUAACCGGUCGCCACAAGUCCGGCAAGGAGGAGACCUUCACAUUCCAAACGCAAACGCCAAAUGUGAAGAAGGAGUGGAUCACCGAACUGCGGCUCGCCCAGCUGGCCCUCGAUCCGAAUAAUUCGCCAGCGUGGGAGCGUUCGGGCUCACAGCAACAUCAUCCACAUGCCCAUCAUCCGCACCCCAAUGCGCAUGCCCAGCAGCUACCAGGCAGUCCACAGGCAACACUGCAGCACACUCACGAGCAGCAGCUGCUUCAGGAGGCCGUCCAGCAGAAGCAGUCGCGCAAGAUGCCCCUCUUUGUCAAGGCGAUGCCCGUCUACCGGUCACAGCAUCAAACGGAGGUGCGCUGUGGAUGCUACUACAGCAUCGCCAAUGACACAAAACAGAGCGGAAAUGCGCGUCGCCGGCACAAACAGUUGAACUAUUUGUGGAUGUGCAGCAGCGAUGGCACUUCAUCGCACAUCACCGUGCUGGCCCAGCAUCCGCAGCAGGCGGGCAAUUUGCGUGAGGCGGGCGCCUUUGAUCUGGUGGAGACGCAGGUGUCGGCUCUGGAGUUUGUUAAGGGAUUGGACCAGUGCCGGACGCGCGAGGAGCACGUCAGCCUGUUGGGUGAUCUCGUCUGGCUGGGCACCGAUAGCCGCAAGCUGCUCAUAUACUCGGCCCGUAAUCCUGAACAGGAGGAACAACUGGGCAGCUACGCGGUGCCGGGCGCUGUACAGCGUAUUCUCUAUCACUUCGAUGCCGUCUAUGUUGCCCUUUCGAAUGCCACUGUUCUGAUCUAUCGACGUGCCCACGACGGUGUCUGGCAGCUGAGAGAUCCACAGCAGGUAACGCUCGGCGAAACGGGAAUGGUCGUUCCCAGCAUGCUGCCAAUCAACAUGAACAUCUACGCAUCGUGCGCGAAUCGUGUCUAUGUGCUCAAUGCCCUCAAUGGGGAGCUGCAGCGCAGCUUUGAGGUGCAGCACGGCGCCAGCCAGCAGGUGAACCUAAUGGCGCACUCCGGCAUCGGACUGUGGAUCUCGCUGAAAAACUCGACAAUGCUCUGUUUGUAUCACACGGAGACGUUCAAGCAUUUGCAGGAUAUCAAUAUUGCGUCCAGUGUGCUGCGCUACGAUGCCAAAAAGGAGCAGCCGCUAAACAAUAGCUCCAUCUAUGUGACCGCCCUGAUGGCCUGCAAGGGUCUGCUCUGGGUGGGCACAAAUGUGGGCAUCGCUGUAACCAUACCGUUGCCCCGCCUCGAGGGCGUGCCCAUCAUCAGUGGCGGCAUCAAUAUGUCCUGUCACGCCCAUUUUGGUCCGAUCACGUUCCUCCUGCCGCUCAUACCGAAAGUUUAUCCGGCCUAUAAGCCAACGGCAGGCGCCACCGUCUCGGCACCCUUGGUGCCAGCUGUACCGCCCAGCAUGGGCGAUGAUCUACAGCUGCCAGCAAUCGAUGCCGAUCCCAAGAAGCUGACCGAAACCGAUCUAGACGAGUCCACCGUCGUUCUGCGUCGUGAUCUGGCCAAAGCAGACGAGCAAACGACUGCGUCCCCGCCCACAGACGCCAACAAUAUGUUGGCACCGCCGGCGGCUUCAACGGCAUCCACAGCCAUUUCGUCGCCUCGCAGCUCCAAGCUGGACAAACAGCACUCGCUGGACCAGAGCCUGACGGCCAAAAUACGUGCCUCGCUGGCCAAUUCGCCGGCGUUUCAUCGCAAACGCUUUCGGGAUUUGGGCGCUGGCACCAGCGAUGCCAGUUCACGGAUGUCCAAGACGCUGCCGCGUGGCUUGGGCUCAGCGGCCGGUGCAGCUGGUGCUGCUGGUGCAGCUGGUCUCCACUCGUACACUGUUGCGCUGCCGCAUCAAAUCGAGCCGGGCAUUUGUGAUGUGUAUGGCCUAUAUGGCAAGCUGAUAUUUGUCAAGGAGGAUUACGAUGCCGAGGAUGGGGCACAGGGCAAUCUCAUGGACAUGAUGUACGAGGGCAUGCGUCGCUCCGAUCCAGAGCUGGCUGCCAUACCGGGCAAGGUGUGCACCUUGGAUCGACGUUUGCGUAUGAAGGCGUCGCGUCCGCGAUCCUUGGAUCUAUCGAAUUGGUCGGUGGACUCGAAGUCAUCCAGUUUGUACACAUCAUCGGGCAGCGAGGAGAGCAUGGGCAUCCGUCUCUUUGGCGGACGUUCCGUAUCGCGGAACAGCAGCAGCGCCAGCCACAAAACCUCCGGCACCGGCAGCGAUCUGGGCAACAUAUCCGAAAACGGCCUGAUGACCACAGCCGACAUACACCAGCAACAGUUGCAGCAACAGCACCAGCACCAGCAUCAGCAGCAACAGCAGCAGCAGCAACAGUUGCCGUCGAACAGCACUCCGAAGUCGGAGGAUGGCUUCAAGCAAAUGCUCGCCCAGUCGUCUGACAAGCAGGCGGCGCCCGCCGCCGUCGCCACCUUGAAGCGCAAACAGAAGCAGAACACGAAGCAGCAACAGCAACAAAACGCGGACGGACCACGAACGGUAAUCACGCUGAUGGGCGGCCGCGGCUACUGGCGGCAUGUGUGGUACAACAGCAGUGGCAACUCGCCGGGCCACAAGAGCGCCACGGGCACCAAUUCGGGUGCGGCAGGCGCUGCAUCUGGAUCGGGUGCGGCUACCAGUCUGGCAUCGUUGACGGCCAAUUCGAACGAUGCUCACAUUGUGGUGUGGGAGAAAAAGUUAUAAUCUCAGGAGUUGGUGUGCUGCUGCACGUUGCAACAGCACCCCCACCAGCACCAUCCGCCACUGACCGAUUUCUGGCGCCGGGUCGGCGACCAGCGACGUGGACGUGUCCGUUUUCGUGGCACAUUCACGCAACGCGAUCGUGAUCGCGAUCGCGACCGGGUUCGGGAUAGGGAACACAACAGCAGCAGUUGCGGCUGGCGGUCGGAUGGUGAGCGAUUGGCUGCAGCAAGCAGUAAAAGCAACAGUGGCAGCAGCGGCAGCAGCGGCAGCAGCGGCAUGCUCAGCGCCAGUCUGAAGCGACUCACGAAGCUGAAGCGGGGCGGCAGCCUCAAGGAGUUCUAGUUGUAGUCAUAUCUGUCCAAUAAACGAUGUUGCGAUGCCACACAAAACAAAUAUUAAACACAAAAUGCAGCACGGCAUCGGUUUGCCAAAAU